AUGGCUCCCAUAUCGAAGCGUCCAAACUCGAAAUCUAAAAAUGAAAGUUCAAGAUUUGUAGGUUCUACUAAAAAAAUAAGGACGAACAAAAAAGAUUUUGAUUCUGAUAGUACUCUAAGUGACUUUGAUAGAGAAGUAACUGGCUCUACCUUGAAAUCCUCAGAUGUUUAUUUUAAAUGGAUGCAAUUUGUCCAGAAUGACUUUAAAAACAAUACAAUAGAGCCUUUAAAAGGAGAAAGUGAUACUGUUAAGGAAGUUAAAAUUUCAAACAACCAUGAAGAAGAAUCGUCUGAGGAAAGUCAGAUUGAAAUGAUUUUUACUGAAAAACAACGAGAUUACUUCACUGAUUAUACUAAUGAAGGUAUACAACAAAUUCCCGAAGCUAUUUACAAGGUGAAUCUAGAAACCAAAGAAAGCAGUGAGAAAGAGAUAGUAAGUCUUCCAGGAUUUAGUCCGUUUAAGUUGGAAAAUGUUCAGAAGUCUGAAAGAAUUAGAAUGAUUGAAAAGUCAAUAUUGAAAACUCCUAAACUAAGAAAAGGAAAAUUAAUUUUAGAUGAUUUUCAAUUAGAACCCAAAUUUGUGCAAAACUGGAAAAAGCAUAUAGAAUCUUUUGGAACACUGGAUUCUCAUGAAUUAGAAGAGCUCAAUAUUUUUUUUGCGAUUAUUAAUGGUUAUAUUGAUGUAGAAUAUUCAAAUUUAAAAGCAAUUACUUCUCCCUGGGUAAUAUCACUUUGUAUAUUACAUAUAAGCAAACAUAUAUAUAAAUCCAGGCAACUUGUAAUGAAUAACAACUCAAAUUUACAAGAAGCCAUUAAGGAUAAGGCCAAUUCAAAUAUCGACCACUUGGGAGAUGAUAGAUUUAGAGAUCAAGGAUUUAAUAGAUGCAGAGUUUUAAUUUUGUGUCCAUUUAAAGGGAUUGCUAAACAGUUUGUGGAUACUUUGGUGGCGAUAUUACCCCAUGGAAAAGUUGUAAGAGGAUAUGAUAGAUUUGAAGAAGAAUUUGGAUUUCCUGAUAAUUCUUCAGAGAAUAAAGAAACCAAUAAAGAAAGUAGUGAAGAGCUGAAUGAAGAUCAGAAAGUUGAAAAUUUCAAUUAUCAGAACGACCAAAGUAUAGAAGAGAAAAUUGGCAAAAACGAUGAACUCUAUAGGUAUCUUUUUGAAGGUAAAGACAAUGAUGAUGAAUUUAAGCUAGGUAUUCAGCUUACAAAAUCUGGGAUGAAUUUAUAUAGUUCAUUUGAUAAUUCUGAUAUUAUUAUUGCUUCUCCACUGGGUUUGAGGAGAGUAAUGGGAAUAAGUGAAGCCGAAAAAAAACCAGAUGUUUCAUUUUGUUCAAGUAUUGAAAUUUGCUUAGUUUUCGCAGCUGAUGUGAUUUUCAUGCAAAACUGGGAUCAUAUUCUUGACAUAUUUAAAAUAAUGAACAAGCUUCCUAAAAAAUCACUAGGGAACUGUGAUAUUAGAAGGGUGUAUCAUGCAUUUCUGGAUGGCAAAUCAAAAGAGUUUAGACAAACAAUAAUGAUUUCUACAUAUAGAAUGGAAGAUAUUAGUUCUUUAAUCAGAAACCAGACACAAAACAGAAGAGGGUUUAUAAGAUUAUGGAAACCACUAGAAAAAAUGAUAGGCUAUACGGAAAAGAAAUUACCAUUAUAUAAUGCACCCAAAUUAGUGGAAGGUAUUCAACAAAUGUUUAUUAAAACAGGUGAUUCAGGUUCGCCAGAGGAUUCAUUACUUAAUUACUUUAGCUCAACUCUUUAUCCUGAUAUUCUGGCUGCUUUGGAUGGGAAAACUCAAAGAGUUCUAAUUGUACUUUCAAACUAUGUUACAUAUUUGAGGGUUAGAAAAUAUCUUCUUCAACAAAACGCGAUCUUUGCCUCCUGUAAUGAGUCUACAUCAAAUGCAUCUCUUUCUAGAAAUAGAUUUGCAUUUUAUAAAGGGGAGCUUCCUAUUUUAAUAACUACGGAAAGAUUCUUAUUCUUUAGGAGAUACCUUCUUAAAGGCGCAACAAAAGUCAUAUUCUGCGGUCCACCAAUCUACCCAAGCAUUUAUCUGGACUGCAUUCAAAGUAUUAACUUUUCACAAGGACCAGAUAAAAGUAAUCCAAAAUCUUCUGCUCCAUUGGCCAUUACUCUUUUUCACUGGCAAAAUUCUUUGGCAUUGGAAAGAAUUGUUGGCACAUCAAAGUGUUCAAGUUUGAUUCAAAAUGCAAAGACAUCCAAGCCAGUAAUAUUUAAAAUAUCAGUAUAA